GAACUGCAAAUCAGAGAAACAGGAAGAGGAGGAGGCUCUGACUUGCAUAUUUUAAAUUUGGUCUGAUGCUCAGACAGUCAGCAGCAAGACAAAAUGCCGGUGACAGCGCUCUGCUUCAGACUGUUGAUGACUGCGUUGUUGCUGCUGGUUGGACAAGUUGACGUCAGUUAUCCACGAAAAGCUGAUGUAGGUUUUCCUCAGGUUGUUCCAAACAGACAGCAGCACUUUGAGUAUGAGUCCAUUGUUGUCAGCUGUGAGGGGCUGGAGGGAUUGACUGGAUGGAGAGUGAUGAGGAAGAUCAAAGGAUCUGUUAGAACAUGUGCUUCUAUCUGGUCGACAUCAACAGGACCCUGUCAAAUUAAAAAUGCCUUUCCAGGACCUGAAAGUGGAGAAUACUGGUGUGAAAUUGGAAGGAAGAAAAGCAACAUUAUCAACAUCACUGUCACUGCUGGUUCAGUGAUCCUGGAGAGUCCUGUCCUUCCUGUGACGGAGGGAGACAAUGUGACUUUGUGCUGCAGAACGAAGCAGACGUCCACUAAUCUCAACGCUGAAUUAUAUAAAGACGGCCACUUCAUGGAGAGCAGCUCUACAGGAAACAUGACCAUCCACACUGUUUCCAGGUCUAAUGAAGGACUCUACAAGUGCAGAAUCUCUGGAGCUGGAGAAUCAGCAGAGAGCUGGCUGACGGUCAGAGAAGCUCAUGAAGAGCCUCAGCCUCCCUCCCAUCAUGCCCCUCAGCUCUAUCUGCUGCUCAGCGUUGGUGUCAGUGUUUUCUUGGUGGCUCUGAUGCUGGUUGUCGGAUUACUGCGAUGUGGGAAACAUCAAACGAUCAUCACAGGUACCACAACCUCUCCUUCCUCGUUCCAGACGUCCCCUUCUCCACAAACAGUGUCUGGAGAGGCUCACGUAGCUGAUCCGAUGCAGGCAACAUACUCUGUAGUCACAAAACCCAGGAACGAGAAUGAUCCAGGAGCUCCGGGCUUCUUAGCGACACCAGUUCUUUCUGCAGGUACCAACCCACUGACAGAAGAGGAUCACUUCUAUCAUGCAAUCAAUGACGAUACCGAGAGCAGAGACGCCUGACUGAAGGAGGGAGGAGAGACUAUUUAAAGCUCUGCAGUGUGUGCAACAGUUACAGCUGUUAAAUGAACGCAGCAGCCUUUAAUGACUGCGGACAUUUCGUAAUAUAUAAAAAAUUUCUCUAUGCAAGAAUGUUUUCAAAUUGUAUGCAUUUUAAAAAAAAAAAAGCACUUUCAUAGUUUUGUAUGAUCAUGACAUAAGAUAAUGACAAAUUUCUGUGCUUAUAACAAAUAUGUUGAAUGAACAGUUAUAAUACUGCAGUUAUGUAUAUUUGUAAAGAUAGUCUUAGAAGUUGAGUCUUUAUACGUAACAAUGUUGGACUUGUUAUGAAGCUGAUAGACAUGAUUCGUCAUCAUUGCCAUUAUGGUGAGAGAACUUCAGCUAUCUCACAGCAUCAGUGUCUAUUUUAAGAUCCACCAGUUUAUUGCAUUUAAACCACAUUGACCCUCUUCACCCAUCGGAAGACACUGUUUACAAGAGGAGAGACUCACUUUGGCCUCCUUGAUCAAACUGUGUGUCAAAUGUUAAUAUUAAUUCAAAAGUUGGUUUGAAUAUUAAUGUUCAUCAGCACAUUAUCAAGAAGUCAGAAUAUAAAAAUACUGUCAACACAAGAUCAGUGAAUGAAACGACUAAUAAAUGCCGUUGCGUCAUUAUGUAAAAAUUAUUGUGUUAUGAUCCACAGUAUGGAAAUCUAUAAAUUAAAAAAGGUUCCACGUCACCUUUAAAAAUGCUAAAUUUAAAUAUUACAACAAAAAAGUUGCCUUCCUCUUGUGUCACUGUGUAAAUCACUUCCUGUCACUCAUUACUUUCCCCUUUCACUUAUGUUUGGUGUAGUUAACUCCCUGUCUUUGUGUUUGAUUAUGUUUUUCUUUUUAACUUUGUUUCUUAACUUUGUUUCCUGUCGUUUCUGUCCACUUUUUUGUCUCAUUAUCUCAUCCUCAUUAGGGUAUUUAGUUGGUCUGUUUGCCCCACUCUGUGCUAGUUCACUGAUGUCUUUUGACCCAUGUUCAGCCAUUUUUCCUAGUGUUACUUUCCUGUUUUUUGCGCUUUGGAUUUUGAACAUCAGACUUUGGAUUUGUUUCCUUGUGUUGGACUGUUUUCCUGUUAUUAUUGUUUAAUAUCUCUGCCUGUUUAAGUUUUUGCUCCUGAUUUCUCUUUUUUUUUUACUUAAAUCAUUGAACUACA